AUGGCGUGGACACAGCUGAAAAAGCGGGCCCAGGAUGCCUUGAUCAUCCUGGGGGGCGGAGGACUGCUCUUCGCCUCUUACCUGACGGCCACGGGGGACGAGCAUUUCUAUGCCGAACACUUGAUGCCGACUCUGCAGGGGCUGCUGGACCCUGAGUCAGCCCACCGGCUGGCUGUGCGUGCCACCUCCCUGGGGCUCCUUCCUCGCGUCACGUUUCAAGACUCUGACAUGCUGGAAGUGAGAGUCCUGGGCCAUAAGUUCCGAAACCCGGUAGGCAUCGCCGCAGGAUUUGACAAGCACGGGGAGGCUGUGGACGGACUGUACAAGAUGGGCUUUGGUUUUGUGGAGAUAGGCAGCGUUACCCCAAAACCUCAGGAAGGAAACCCCAGGCCCAGAGUCUUCCGCCUCCCCGAGGACCAGGCCGUCAUUAACAGGUACGGGUUUAACAGCCACGGGCUCUCGGCGGUGGAACACCGGCUCCGGGCCAGGCAGCCGACGCAGGCCCGGCUCACGGAAGGUGGGCUGCCCCUUGGAAUAAACUUGGGGAAGAACAAGACCUCAGCGGAUGCUGCCUCGGACUACGCAGAGGGGGUUCGAGUCCUGGGCCCCUUGGCUGACUACCUGGUGGUGAACGUGUCCAGUCCCAACACUGCAGGGCUGCGGAGCCUUCAGGGAAAGGACGAGCUGCGCCACCUGCUGACCAAGGUGCUGCAGGAGAGGGAUGCCCUGAAGGGGCCGCACAAACCGGCCCUGCUGGUGAAGAUCGCGCCCGACCUCACGGCCCAGGACAAGGCGGACAUCGCCGGUGUGGUGAGAGAGCUGGGCAUCGAUGGUUUGAUUGUGACGAACACCACAGUGAGUCGCCCUGCCAGCCUCCAGGGUGCCCUGCGCUCCGAAACAGGAGGGCUGAGCGGGAAGCCCCUCCGGGACUUGUCCACGCGAACCAUCCGGGAGAUGUACGCGCUCACCCAAGGCAGCGUUCCCAUCAUCGGGGUCGGCGGAGUGAGCAGCGGGCAGGACGCACUGGACAAGAUCCGGGCGGGGGCCUGCCUGGUGCAGCUGUACACGGCCCUCACCUACGGGGGGCCGCCGGUGGUGGGCAGAGUCAAGCGGGAGCUGGAGGCCCUUUUGAAGGAGCAGGGCUUUGACAGCGUCGCAGACGCCAUCGGCGCAGACCAUCGCAGGUGA